CAGGCAGUUUGGGCAGAGGCCCAAAAAACAUCCUCCCUCCUUCUCCUUCGGACGCAAACAGGGCAAGGAAAAGGGACCCCGCUGCUGCCCACACUCCCAGCUUGGAGAGCAGUGCCCUGCCAGGGGAAAAGGGGCAUCUUUGGGCCAGAGAGGCUGCCACAGAGGGGACCCACACACUGGCCCUCUUAGGAGAGCUCUAGGAAGUUUGCUUGGGCUCUGGCCCAAAAUCCAAGAGGGAAGGAAGGAGGAAAGGAGGAGUGGAGAAGGAGGAGGAGGAGAGAAGAAGGGCAGCUUGCAGGCGAACUCCUGAAGAGCCAGACCUGGGCAGGCAAAGGAUGCUCCAGGAAAGGUGUGCGCAGUCGGCUUUGGUGGUGCUGGAGAUGGUGCACUGAAAGCGCAUAGAGCGUGGCCACUUGAGUGUGCCUCAGGUCCAAAGGAAAGGCCCCCACACCCUCCAGAGUGGAAAGAGCCAGGACCAAAGGAUGCCCUCUUUGCUAAAGCCCUAAAGCCUGGGCACGUUGUGCAUGGUCAAGAUGGGUCAGGUUGCAGCGCAAGCUUUGGAGAACCCUCUUGCCCUGAGAAGAGGCAUCUGGCACCAGCCCUGGAGCCGGCUGGUGCUCUAAGGAGGGUACUUUGCCCCCCCAGGUAGCACUUAGCCCAGGCCGCAGCUGGAGAGUUGGCAACAGGAUCAUGAAAGAAGAAAACUUCGCUGGCGAAGAAGAAGAAAUGCCCCCUUUCAGAUACAGGCCAAAUGGCCGGAUGAGGACCAACUGCAGCGAAUGCGAGAAGACCCUGACUCUCCAAACGUCCGUGAAAAUCCUCUACGGCUUCGUUGUUUUGCUCGUCGUGGCCGUGGUGGUCCUCGCGGCGUUGGUUUUUAAGAAGGUGGACUCCAUAGCCGGUGACGUUAACUCCGCUCAGACAUACUAUGAGAAGACACUUGGGUCGGUCCAGGAGAACCUUCAGGAGCUGGAUCAGAAAUCAGUGGGCAACUGUUCCCUCUGCCAUGACACCGGACGGAUAGGGCAAGGCAUCAGCAAACUGCAAGCGGAGCUGGAGGAGAUUCAGAAGAAGCUCUUGGCCCAAGAGGUGUUGCUGGACCGAGCUGGGCAAACCCAUCGACAGCUGACCUCCUCCAGUAACAAGCUCACCGACGAGGUGGACGCCUGCUUCUCCGCCAUCCAGCAGGUCAACCAGAGUUUGGGCCUCUUCCUGGCCCAGGUGAGGGGCUGGCAAGCCACCACCUCAGAGCUGGGCACCUCCUUGAAAGAACUCUCCCAGGAGCGCUAUGACGUCGAAGAGGUCGUCCAGCAGAUGAACUUCACCGUCGCGCAGACCUCCGACUGGGUCCACAUCAUUCAGAGGAAGACCAACGAGGAGACGCUGACCCUCCAGAAGAUUGUGGCUGAGUGGCAGGACUACACCCGGCUCUUUGGCACCUUGAGGGCCACCUCUUCCAAGACGGGCGAGCUGGUUAAGAGCAUCCAGACCGGCUUGAGCAUCGCCUCGCAACGGAUCAGCCAGAACUCAGAGGGGAUGCAUGACCUGGCCCUCCAGGUGAUGAGCUUACAGUUGCAGCUAGACAACAUCUCCUCCUUCCUGGACGACCACGAGGAGAACAUGCAUGACUUCCAGUACCACAGCCGGUACACGCAGAACCGGACAGCAGAGCGCUUUGAGACGUUGGAAGGCCGCAUGGCCUCCCACGAGAUCGAGAUCAGCACCAUCUUCACCAACAUCAAUGCCACCGACAGCCACGUCCACAGCAUGCUCAAGUACUUGGACGAUGUGCGGCUCUCCUGCACCCUGGGCUUCCACACUCACGCCGAGGAGCUCUACUACCUGAACAAGUCAGUCAGCCUCAUGCUGAGUACCACGGACCUCCUGCGGGAACGUUUCAGCCUCCUCAACGCCCGCUUGGACUUUGACAUCCGCAACCUCUCCAUGGUCAUGGAAGAGAUGAAAGUCAUCGACGUCCGGCAUGGAGAGAUCCUCCGGAACAUCACUAUCUUAAGAGGUGUUCCGGGCCCCAGGGGCCCCAGAGGUUAUCGCGGAGACCUUGGGAUAAAGGGGCCACCAGGAAGCAGAGGACAGAAAGGUGACCCAGGAAGCUUGGGACCGCCGGGGCCACAGGGGUCUCAAGGGCCUUUGGGGGACCCGGGACCCCAAGGCGAGAGGGGCCCCAUGGGUUCAAAAGGCCUCACUGGAUUCAAAGGGAACAAGGGCAGCUUUGGACAAGUUGGCGCCAAAGGGCAGGCUGGCCCGAAAGGAGACCCGGGACCCCAGGGGCCUGAGGGGGCACCAGGGCCAGCUGGACCAUCAGGGCCACAAGGGAAACCAGGCAUCCCUGGAAAGCCAGGGAAACCGGGCUUCAUUGGGCCAAUGGGGCCGAAAGGGGAUCCUGGGAUACAAGGGCGGCCAGGGUUACCAGGCCCUCCAGGGCCACCAGGAAUAUGAACCUCCCCUGCCUUCUCUUCCCAAAGAUGGCGGUGGACAGAUGAGAUAGACAAAGGGGCAACUGAGCUCUUGGACCACUACUCCUGUUUUAUUCCAGUAGGAGAGGCCAAAACCAGCCACCACCAGCCGCUCCGGCCUGGAUCCUGCCCUUAUUUAGUCUGUGCUUUCAAAGGCAGUUUCCAGCAGUUAAGGGGUCAUUCACACUGUGAAUCCAGGAUGAACCCAGGUCAAAUCUCCAUUCUUCGCAUGCAUCCCGAAUGCACACAAUUAAGUUUUUUUUGGGGGGAGGCUGCCAAAAAAACCCACUUAGUCUGGGAUAAUCAAUAUCAGGCUUUCCUCCCAAGUUUUUAAAAUAGAUCUGCAUUGCUGGUAGUGUGAAUAACUGAUGCAAAUAGACCCAGGAUAAAACACUUCGUACCAAAAAAAAAGGGCUUCCGAAUGCAUUCACAUUGUUGACUCCAUCUUUAUUCGAACACUUGCAUGUGUGAGCAACCGAACUUGCAGAGAUGCGCAUUGGUGUUGUUCCAUAGUGUGAAUAACAAACCCAGAAUGUGUGAGUGAGAUGAUUCGCAUUGUUGUGCUGAAAAAAACCAACAUCUGAAUGACUUUUUAGAGGCAUUUUGGGAAAUUGCUGCAAGCCACUGAAUUUUCUGCACUGGGGGAAAUGUCAAGGCAAAGCAUUGCAGCUGCUAUCUCCACCAAUCUUGCCCACCAUCUUUUUGCAAGCAACGGCCAUCUUUUUGCAAGCACCUUUGAUGCAACCACCGCUCGGAUCAUCCAUGCCACCCUGCACUUUUGGAGACUCCUUUGCUGCACAGGAGCAAGGACAACGAAAUAGUUGUAAGGACAUCUUGAAAGGAAAAGCAACAUUUGUACCAGUGCAUGCUUCAGAGAGUGUGCACAUAUGUACGUAAAGCAAGGGUGAGGACCCUGUCUCAGUCCGAGGGCCGGGCUCAGCAUCAGAUAAUUUCUUGAGAGCUGUUUUCCAGGGGUGGAUGGGGGCCAAAUGCAACAGGGGAAGAGCUCAAAAUGCAGACAGAGUUUAAUGCACACAGAGUUGAACCUCUAAGUCAGUGAUGGCGAACCUAUGGCACAAGUGCCAGAGGUGGCACUCAGAGCCCUCUCUAUGGGCACAUGUGCCAUCAUCCCAGCACAGAGUUUGCCAGAGCUUGUUACUAGAAAGCCAGAGGGACAUGGCACUUUGCAAUUAAUAAGUGGGGUUUGGCACUUGGCCUCAAAAAGGUUCACCAUCACUGCUCUAAGUACUUGGCAACCGAACCUAAAGAGAAAUAUUACAACUCUUAAAAUGGGAGGAAAAUGUAGACAUGCUGAGAAACCACUCUAAGGGGCUCUUCAGACUGGCCAUUAAGGCUGGCCUGGGGGUGGAGUCGGGGCGUCGCGUCCACCUGACGCAUGUCCCAACUCUGCCUCCCAGGGCGCCGUGACGCCACGCACCCACUGCACACAGAAUGCAGCAUCAUGGCGCUUCUCUGGUGCUGCGUCCCUAUGAUGCAGAACCGAAGGAGUGCCGUAUAGCUGUGGUGUCGUGGCUGUCAUGCCCUUUCCAGGGUGCAAAAAGGAGCCACGUUUGUGUCUCUUUUUCACACCCUGGAAAGGCUGAAUCAGGGAAGUGGCAUGUGGUUGCUGUGUCCCCGAUCUGGCUGAAGAAGGAGCGGCUGGACAGCCCCAAAGAUAGCCUCUUAGAGGCUGAACAAUCUGUCAUGACAUCUGGGCAGGAUCCACAAAGUAGAAAAAAGCCAACAGUGAAUUUAUAGGAGGAGAUAAUGACUCCCUGGUUAUCCCUGGGAUGAAAAAGAGUCAGGGGUGUGUUUGUAGCCACAGCGGCACUAACUAUUGAGGAGGAUACAAGUGGCUAAGAUUCACACAUCUUUGGACGUAUAUUUGGACAUAUAGCCGUCCA